GUCAUCUCUGUGAACCCAGUCAGGAACCCCCCCGCAGCGGAUUACAGAGGUUGUUUUUGAUCCGUCUUUUUCACAGAGGGGGCACUUCUUUCCCGUGUUGGUGUUUGUUGGCGGUGACGGUGGCACACGGGGCCAUGGAGACCAGGACCAGCCGGAGACCGUGCAGCAGCGCCCAGAAACACUUACUGCUGGCGGUCGCUCUCAUCGCAUGCAGCUCGCAUCUACUGGUGGACGCCAACUCCUGGUUGUCGUUAGCGAUGAACCCUAUCCAGAGACCGGAGAUGUACAUCAUCGGGGCCCAGCCUCUGUGCAGCCAGCUGACGGGCCUCUCCCAGGGGCAGAGGAAGCUGUGCCAGCUCUAUCAGGACCACAUGGUCUACAUAGGCGAGGGCGCCAAGACGGGCAUCAAUGAGUGCCAAUACCAGUUCAGACAGCGGCGGUGGAACUGUAGCACGGUGGAUAAUGCAUCCGUGUUCGGACGCGUCAUGCAGAUAGGCAGUAGGGAGACAGCCUUCACCUAUGCCAUCAGUGCAGCAGGCGUGGUGAACGCGGUGAGCAGGGCGUGUCGGGAAGGAGAACUCUCCACCUGCGGAUGCAGCCGCGCCGCUCGACCCCGUGACCUACCGCGUGAUUGGCUGUGGGGCGGCUGUGGCGACAACGUCAACUAUGGCUACCGUUUCGCCCGGGAGUUUGUGGACGCGCGGGAGAGAGAAAAGAACUACCCUCGAGGCUCCACAGAACACACUAGAACACUGAUGAACCUACAGAACAACGAAGCAGGGAGACAGUCGGUGUAUAACCUGGCCAACGUGGCGUGUAAGUGUCACGGCGUGUCCGGUUCCUGUAGUCUGAAGACGUGCUGGCUCCAGCUGGCAGACUUCCGCCGCGUCGGAGAGUUUCUGAAGGAGAAGUACGACAGCGCCGCCGCCAUGCGCAUCGGACGCAAAGGAAAACUGGAGCAGGUCGAUAAACGCUUCAACGUCCCCACCCCGGAGGAUCUGGUCUACACCGACCAGAGCCCAGACUACUGUCUGAAGAACGACACCACCGGCUCCAUGGGAACCCUGGGGAGACUCUGUAACAAGACGUCAGAGGGGAUGGAUGGCUGUGAACUCAUGUGCUGCGGGAGAGGAUACGAUCAGUUCAAGACCUAUAAGCAUGAGAGAUGUCACUGCAAGUUUCACUGGUGUUGUUAUGUCAAGUGUAAGAGGUGCACUUCACUGGUGGAUCAGUUUGUCUGUAAGUAGGGAAGGAAGG